UCGUCGCUGAGAGAAUAUCAUCACCCUCGCACACAUACCCUCACACAUCCAGAGAGGAGGGGAGAUAGAGAGAGAGAGAGAGGGAGGAAAACACAGCGGAAGAGCUCUGCUAGAUAGUGUGGAUACCAAACGGAAGCUUCUUAAGCGUUAGGAUUUUCCAAACCGCGUCUGUUGUUCAUACAUUCCCACCUGAAGGACUCCUAAAGCAGAGCAGCACAGGAAAGCAACGAGGAAUCUCCGGCUUCUGCUUGUUUUAUGUCGGAAACGCGGGGUUUGUCUGUUGGCAAGCGGCAGUGGAGAUGCUCCUGUAAUUGGAUUCAUCUGGAAAGCGCUCAAACCGCAAGGAGAGCUGCUUAAGUGACAGCGGCUCUCUAACGCAGCACAGUAAAUUCUCUUCUUUCAACCUGUCUCUUCAUCUUUCUUUUUUCCCCUCAGCUGCUCCAUCUCCCUCUCUUUUCUCGGCAACCCCUCUCAUCUUCUUCAUACAGCAGAAGAGUAUCUGUCGCACGCAGAUCCGCGCGAUGGGUGAUAAAGGCACAAGGGUGUUCAAGAAGGCUAGUCCGAAUGGAAAGUUAACUGUGUACCUUGGUAAGAGGGAUUUCGUCGACCAUGUGGAUCUUGUGGAGCCUGUUGAUGGUGUGGUUUUAAUUGAUCCAGAGUACUUGAAAGAGAGAAAAGUUUUUGUGACCUUGACGUGUGCUUUCCGCUAUGGACGGGAGGACUUGGACGUUCUUGGCUUGACGUUUCGCAAAGACCUCUUCGUGGCCAACAUCCAGGCAUUUCCUCCUGUGCCUGAAGAGAAAAAGAGCUUGACACGUCUACAAGAGCGACUGAUAAAGAAACUUGGAGAACAUGCUUACCCCUUCACAUUUGAGAUUCCUCCGAACUUACCCUGUUCUGUCACGUUACAACCAGGGCCAGAGGAUACAGGAAAGGCCUGCGGGGUUGACUUUGAAGUGAAAGCUUUCUGUGCAGAAAACGUUGAAGAAAAAAUCCACAAAAGGAAUUCAGUGCGUCUGGUCAUCAGAAAAGUGCAGUAUGCUCCAGAGAAGCCGGGCCCACAGCCAAUGGCUGAAACCACAAGGCAGUUUCUCAUGUCAGAUAAACCUUUACAUUUGGAGGCCUCACUUGACAAAGAGAUUUACUAUCAUGGUGAACCAAUCAGUGUCAACGUCCAUGUCACAAACAACACAAACAAGACAGUAAAAAAAAUAAAGAUUUCAGUGCGUCAAUAUGCUGAUAUCUGCCUCUUCAACACUGCCCAGUACAAGUGUCCAGUGGCGACAGAGGAAUCAGAUGAUUUUGUGGCCCCCAGUUCUACAUUUUGUAAAGUAUACACUCUCACGCCUUUCCUUGCGAAUAACCGAGAGAAACGCGGCUUGGCUCUGGAUGGCAAACUCAAACAUGAAGACACAAAUUUAGCCUCAAGUACAUUGUUAAGAGAGGGAGCCAAUAAGGAAAUUCUGGGCAUCAUUGUUUCUUAUAAGGUGAAAGUGAAGCUGGUGGUGUCUCGUGGAGGGCUGCUUGGAGAUCUUGCAUCAAGUGAUGUUGCCGUUGAGCUCCCCUUUACAUUAAUGCAUCCCAAACCAUUGGAGGAAUCGAUCUACAGAGAUGCUCCAGAAAAUGAUGCCCCUAUUGACACAAACCUCAUUGAAUUUGAUACAAAUGAUGAUGACAUCAUCUUCGAGGACUUUGCUCGACAACGACUGAUCGGGGCAAAAGAUGACAAAGACGAAGACGAGGAGGGUGCCGAUUCGCCCAAACUGAAUGACAGAUAGAUUGCAGAUAAGAGUUUCCUGUGUUGUGCCGAUACAAGAGACCCUUUUGAGAUAACCUGGAAAAAUGGGACACCCUUUAACACACUCACAGUGGUGCAGUUGUUGUGUUCUUGUUCACAUUUGUCUCUUCCAUCCUGCAAGGGUGUACAGUAAAAACUUAAGUGUAGAAAAUGUGACCUUGUUGUCGAAGCGAUUAGAAGGUGAGGUUUUAGUUGAUAGGCCGGCCACUGAGUGCCUCGGGUAUUUGAGGGUCUUUUAGGGUUGAGGCAAUGGCUUCUCAUCUUAGCUAAAUCAAACGUCAGUGGUAGCAUGCCUUUGUUGUUGCUUUGUUUUAUAGAUUCUUCCUUUGGUUAGAACUGAGGAAGAUUUUAAGGGCCGUGAUUUAGUUUUGAAUCAUAUUUAAUGUAUGGAAUUUAUUGUUUUAAUUACUGUAAAUGGAACUGGAUUUAGUAUUUUUUAUUAUAAAAGCUGCCAAAUUGAAUCAUCUUUAUAAUGUCUAAUGUCUCAACUGAGAGCUUUUGAAUCAGUCAUGCAGAGUGAACGUAUUUUUUUUUCCACUUUUAGAUAAAAAGUCAUAUCUAAAAGCUAUCUUACCUAAUAAAAGUUAUGGAUACACUACUGAUAAAAAGACUACAUGACACAAUGCAACAACCAUUUAUGACAAUUUUUUUUUUUUUCUCUUAACAGUCUUCAAUUAUUUCUAAAAGUGGGUUUCUAUGAAAUCAUUUAAUUAUAAAAAAUGCCUAUAUAUCUUUAAGGGGACUAUAUAUUACUAUAUGAUAUUUUUACAUAAGUGAAGCUUCUCAAUCAGAGCACCUAUGAAUAGUCAUGAGCUACAAACAUUCCAGUUACAGUCUCUGUUCUGAAUAAAGCAUACGUGUGCUUAAAUCUGUCUCUUCUGUGGAACAGAAAAGAAUCUUUGAAGAAUGUUCUGGUAUAUUUUUCCCAUGCUAUCACAAUUCAUUUAAAAGCUCCAAAAUAUCAUGAAAAAUCAUCCCUUCAACUUGUGCCAUGUGCAUAUUGUAUGAAUUGUUCUGAAUGAAUAGGGUUGUGUGAGGAAGAAACCAACAUUUAAGUUGUUAUUCAUGAAUAAUCUUUCCAGCACUCUGGAACUGGAUCAGUUUUUGAAUGAAUUAUUUAAUAAUUCAUUAUUCAGUCUUGUGAACCGGAUUAGUCUAUUCAUUGAAUAGAUCAGACUCAAAAGAACAACUUGUUGAAUUGAGAAUUGGAGAAUCAAUUGGACUGUUUCUCUGAACAGUUCUAGCUCAACUGUUUACUAUUGUGCUCUUUUUAGAGCAGCUUUACAGCAGAAUUGAAUUUUGUUUGUAUUAUUGGAACACUAUUUUCCUGUUUAACACUGUAAAGCUGCUUAGACACAAUAUGUAUUGUAUAAAGUGCUAUAUAAAUAAAGAUGACUUAACUUGACUUUAACAAAUCAAAAAGACUUCAGCACAGACUCACAUGGAAAGCUUCUUUGACACUUUCAAGACGCUUUUUCUCCAUAUGGUCCUUUUUGAAGCUUGAAAGCCCUAUUGUAAAUGCAUUGAAAAAACAACCAGCACAUUCCUUAAAUAUCUCGUGUUCCAUGAAAGAAAUAAUGUUGUGCAGGUUUAGAAACAAAAUAACAGUUAAUAAAUGACUUUAAUAAGAGUUACAAUUUUUGGGCGAACUUUUAAUUUCAUGUCCAAACUCCUCUAGACCCAUUCAGUAAUUCUCUGAACUGGAGAGCCACUAAAACGAAAUUUGAUUGGAAAUGUAGCCAUUUAUACAUUGCAAAGAUUAUUGUGCUUUCUAUAUGAAUGAGGCCUUGAUUUAUUGCAUGAAACGUCAAAAAUUUGUAUGUUUUGUGAAUGAAACAUUUUUGUAAAAAAGAAAAGAAAGAAAGAAAAAAGACAGACAGAAAGAAAGAAUGAUUAAAUAAAAAUAGAUUGUUAAGUGAACUGAUAUAAUAUAAUUCCCAUGUGCUGGAUAAACCACAAUUAUAAAAUAAACUUGAUUACUGGCAUAAGGCAAGAUGUGUCAAGAAAUGGUAUUGAUUAUUCAAUGUAAGACAAAAUUACAAUAUAUUAAAUAUAUAAUGCUCUAUAUAUUAAAGUCUUUGUUUCUUCUUUAUAUUCUAUGUAUUUACAUUUAAUGGAACAUCAAAUGAUACAAAUAUAGGUACAACAUACAGUUCAAAUGAAGACUAAGUAUUUAUUUAGUACACUUGUGGUAUGCGUCGUCAGUGGAUCAAACAGUUAAUGUAUUGCACUACACUACAGUCCUUGUAACCACAAAAGAAAUCUCAAUUGUGUCUAAUUGUGUCAUUGUUUUAAAUUUUCUCCUUGUAUCAGUUCAAAUGAAGCCCUUCUGUAGCCCAAACAGUAAAGUAUAGCACUGCAGCAACACCAAGGUCAUGGGCAUGAUUCCCAAGGAAAGCAAGAACUGUGUGAAACAAUGUGUACCUUGAAUGCAAUGUUG